AUGUCAAUAAAUGGGGUAAUAUUAAAACAUAAUUAUAAUCAAUUACUCGGAACUCAAACAAUCCCAUUUGAAUUAAGUAUUGAUGGAUUAGAAACAUUACAAUAUCGUACAAAGACGUCACGACAAUCACUUUAUAUAAAUGGCAAUGGUAGCUCAAUAAACGUAUCAGCCAAAGAUGGGUAUAUAUAUCUUACAACAAAGAGAAUGGUUUUCAUAACAGCUACUCAAGGUGAUAUAGAUACAUUUCUGAUUGAUCUUAAUUUAGCUCCUAUACUACAAUUAUCUCAUAAAAUACAAGCACCAUGGUUUGGAGCAAAUUAUUGGGAAUUUAUGUUUUAUAGUGCAUCGGAACCAAGUAUUGCUAGUGAUGGAUUUCCCAAGAAUCAAUAUUUUAAGGGAGAAAUAAGAUUUCAAGAAGGUGGGUUGUUUGAAUUUAUAGAGGUGUUGAACAAAGUAUUGAAUGAUUCUGUGAAUAAUCGUGAAAUUGAUGAAGAACUCCCACAAUACGCUCCAUAG